AUGGAAAAAGUUGUUGAAAGUACUCCGACCGUGAUUAGCAAUGCAAUAGAAGUUACAGAAGGUUUAACUAAUCUUGCUAGUAGCACGGAUGUGGCAAAAAAUGCGUUAUCCGCAGUUGGUGCCGUUGGGGAGGCUGUAAAACCUUUUGUACCUUUGAUUAGUGCAGUAACGCUUUUAAUUUCUGAAAUUAUCGUGAUCUAUGAAAAUGCUCAAUAUAAUAAAAGAAUUUGUAAUUCGUUAAUGGACAGAGUUGGUGCGGCUGAACAAGCCGUUAAAUCUUUACAGCGAAGAAAAGCUGAAAAUGAAAAGCAUUUUAAAAAUGUUGAAUAUUAUAAAAACUUUGUACGAUUCGUUGAUGUUUUAAAAAGAAUUAAAGGUUUUAUUAAGGAUGUAUCUGAAUUACAAGGUUACAAGAAAUUCUUUCACGCGAAUUCAAUUAAAGAAAAAUUUGAUAGUCUUGUCAAAGAAUUUGAGAUAGUGAUGGGAGAAUUGCAUUUUACAAUGGCUGUUGCUGAUGAAGAGCAAAGAAGAAUUGAUCAUGAAGCUCUUGAACAAGAUAUUGCUGAUAUGACAAAGUUUUUGGAACAAAUCAAGGGUGGUAUAGUCGACAAUACUAAUACACUCAACACUGUUUUACAAGAAGUGUUGAUCAUGAAAGGCCAAAUAGAACAUUUUUCUGAUUUGUCAAAGGUUAAUUUACCAAAUAGCGACUCUAUUAAAGCUGUUGAAAUAAAUCCAGCUGAAUUAUUAGAUCCUGAUAUUAGAAAAGAUUCAGAUCAUAUUAAAAACCUUCAGCAAGAGUUAAAAUUAAUUAUUAUCUCAGGUCUUCGAGCAUCACUCCAACAAAUUUUCUUGCAACUUUCUAAAUUAGCCAACAUUUAUCAGAAACCAUUGUCUUCUCCGGCACUUCUUCCUCCAAAGACCUUAGAUUUAGACGGAACCAUGAUCAAAGCUCCUGUUUCCGUUAGUGAUGAAGGUGGUAUGGAGCUACCAGAUUUAGGUGAUGAAUUUAAUCUUGACGAAAUAGAGACG